AUAUAAAACGGAGCCAGGCAGUGGUAAGUUACAGGACAGCGAGUUUUCUCAGGUCCAUAGCUAGUGUUACUCGUCUGCUGCCUCUGAGACACACUUUUGGUGCUGGUCUCAGUCAGAAGCCAUGGCUCUUGGAUUUUUCUUAUGUGUUGCCUGGAUUUCUUUACUGUUGGAUAGCAAUGUGGUCAUAAAGACACAAGCUGCUGACAUUCGACAAAAUCCAAGCAAGCUGAACCUUGUGGAUGUGACUGACUUCUCAGAUUCUCUGUCCCUUGAUGCUGGCGAAGGGGAAUUGAGUGACAAAAUAUCCAAAGUUGUAAACAAAGAAUACAAGAAGUCUCCAGCAGCACAGCCACUAAAACUGUCCUCAGUUGACCAGAUUCUUGUUGGAAAUCAAGGUGUUAAUGUGGAGAGGCUUGUUAAUGGCGCUUCAAGACAAUGGGAGUCAAAUGUCUUUGAGCCAAUCACAUUUCCUCUUAAAUCUGGCAGCCAUAUGGUGAACCAAAUUCAGCCAAAGCCAGUUGAGUCUACUUCUGGUGUCUAUGGAAGCAGAAAGCCGGUUCCUCCAAGCUUUGAGGCUACCACUGAAUUUCAAAUGAAACCCAAGCCUGCCCCCUCCACCCAUUUAGCUGUGUCACCACCUAGUUUUGAGUCUUGGAAGCCUGCACCUCCUAGCAGGGAAGGGGUGGGUGAACAACUUACUGGUUCUUUCUACCCUGACUCAACUGAUGCUGUCAGUCCUGGGUUUGCUGGAACUGCAGAUAAUGAUCUCUUCUCCUAUCAGGGCUCUAACAUGGUGGAAUUUCCAGCUGGAAAUGUUCCUACUUGGAUGAAACCAUCUCAGCAAUAUUCACCAACAAUUCCUAAGCCUUCUCCAAGCGAGUCUUGGAGUUCACCAGAGUGGUUUGGGCAAGACAAUGAGAUUGACAAUUCAAUUGACUUUAAUCUCUCACCUGAAGCUCAAGUACCCGCACCUUUCUAUGAAAGUUGGGUCAACUUUCCUUAUGUUGGCAGCUGGCUUCCAAACUCAUACUUUGCUCCAAGGGGCUACCAGCCAGACCUCUCUCUCUAUAGAGAACCGUUGGCUCCUGUGGUUGGCUCUCUCCCCCCAAAAGUCCCUGAACCAUCCAAACCUCUACCACCUCGUAAAAGCUUCAUCCUUCAGUCCAAGAACGGCUACCACAGACGACGAUUUCUGAAAUCCAAAACCACCUACACACCCGACUACAAGGUGCCGAAGGGGAAAUAUGGCAAGAGUGUGAAGGUUUCAAGAGGAGUUGUGCAGAAACCUUCCCCUCAAAAUCAGUAACAAGAAUGCCUCUCCUUGAGUCUGGGGAUUCUUUUUUGCACGCAAUAAACUUUUAAAAAGUG